AUGGGCUGGGUUCCUGCUCGUAGAGAAGGCGGGGCUUGGCUGUCACAGAGACACGUCAUUGGACACGUGGACCUGGAAGUAGGAAGUAAACAGACCGCCCGGCGCCGUUGGAAACAAACACGUCCGAGCGGAACAAGGAGCGGCACGAUGCUGGAAGGUUACGGCCCCGUGACCCAGGCGCUGCUGGGGACGCUGUUCACCUGGGCUCUGACCGCCGCCGGAGCUGCCCUUGUCUUUGUCUUCUCUAGUCGACAGAAACGCAUCCUGGACGGAAGUUUAGGAUUUGCAGCUGGGGUGAUGCUAGCCGCUUCGUACUGGUCCCUUCUGGCUCCUGCCCUCAGUUUGGCCGAGGAUUCUGGGAAAUACGGACAGUUCUCGUUUGCUCCUGUAGCUGUGGGAUUCACUCUUGGCGCUGGAUUUGUUUAUGUAGCAGACCUCCUCAUGCCUCUGCUGAGGAACACUGCCGUCUCCAUGACCACUGGAGCUGGCAGCCGCGGUGAGGGCAGGGCAGGGUUACCUCAGCGCACCAUAGAUCAGACCAUAGAUCUGUCCUGGUUCACAGCUGUGGUGGAAGUGAGCGACAACUGCAAACAUUGUCAUUGUUAA